AUGGUGUUGUACUUCCAGGAUUUUGCUGCCGGGCCCAACGCCACUCUCAUCCCGGUCGCGGGCAUUGCCGGGAAGCUCUGGACGUUCAGCCAGUUCGGGACAGUGUUCGUCACUGAUGACUUCAUAACUGAGACGCCCGACCCUAACUCGCCCAUGGUCGGACAGGGACAGGGCAUGUACGUGACCUCGGCGCUGGACGGGUCAAGCACUCGUGCCAUGUUCUCGAUCGUGUUCACCAACCAAGCCUACAACGGGAGCACCCUGGAGAUCCAGGGCACGGCCAAGCAGUUUGAGGCGGUCAGGGAAUACUCGGUGGUGGGGGACCGGGAAGUUCCGUUUCGCACGAGGCUACACGACAUUCGAGACUAUCUCCAUGGACAUGCCGCAGGCUCACUCGAUUAUCCAGUGCAACGUCACCAUCCGUCUUGGUUAGAGGAGUUUCCAACAGGUUUGACGAAUUGCCGGAGGAUUUAG